AUGUAAACUUUGGGAGUGCGAACUGCACAACCAAAAUUUUCUUUGCUGAUUGAUGAUUCCCAAACUCUGAGUUAUCGAGAAUUGUUGAAAUGCACGGCUCCCUUGGCUCUGAUCGAUGUCUAGACUCUAAGUGCCAGUCAUUAUUAAUAAUUCAAGAAUGUCUUUGUGACUUAAACGAGGGCUGUUUCAGAACUAUAAUUCGAGGAGAUAGCAUCAUUGGUUGAUUUCAUACCAGGAGCAACUACUUCAUAGAUGAUGGUGGCUUUAGGAACAAUCUCAAAAAAAAAUGCGCUGGGGGGAAUCGUUGCUUUGGUGGCAUAUACAGUGCCUGGAGCUAUGAUAUUAACAAUUUUAGGUUACAUUUACAGUAAGUACCCUGAUCCCAGAGAUCUCAACAUUCUUGUGUUUCUGGCUAUUCAGGGCAUCAAAUCGAGUACUGUUGCCUUGAUCCUACAAUUGCUGAUAUCAAUGGCUGCGAAAUCUAUUAGCAAUAAGAUGCACAUUGCAUUAUCGGUGUUAAGCGCAGCAUUGUUUGUAGCAUAUCAAUAACCGUAUGUGUUAAUAUUAACUAUGAUGAUGGGAGGAAUAAUAACAAUUAUGGUUGAAUACGAUGCAGAAAAUACAAUUGGAAGAAGAACCUUUGUAAAGGAGUAAACUGCUACUCCCGCAAUUGUUAAUGACCCAAAAUUAAUUAAUAAAAAAAACAGUCACAAAAUCAGUUAAUUAUUAGGAAAUAAAUCCUUACACUUAUAUUCCGUUAUACUAUUAUUAUUGUUGUAUCUCAAUUCUAAAUAUUAAUCGCUUAUCUUGGACAUCACUCUCUCUUUUUACAACAUUGGAACAUUUAUGAUUGGAGGCACUCCUAUAACUUUGCCUUUUAUGUAUGCUGAAACGGUUCUAAAUCCUUUAUAUAUAAAUGCAGAUGCAUUUUGGUUAGGGUUUGGUCUUGCAGCUGCACUUCCUGGCCCUUAUUUGAAUUUUGCCAUAUUUUUGGGCACUCAUAGUAUGGGAAUAUAUGGAGGCAUAUGUUGUUGGGUUGCAAUAUUUGUGCCUUCGAUUUUGUAGAUUUGGGGUUUGUUGCCUAAUUGGAGCAAUCUCAGGAAGAAUGUUUAUUUGUAGAAGUUCAAGGAAGGUGUGAUUAGUGUGGCGAUUGGAUUUUUGGCAACUGCUGUAUAUUAUGGAUGGGUAGAUGCUUGUAGGUAUGAUUUAUCAACUGCAACAGUCAUUUCAUUUUUGAGUCUAGUGUAUGUUAGUUUGCUGAAUUUCAACAGUCCUGCAGUUUUGACAUUGGGUGCUGCUUUGUUUAUUAUUCGUUAUCUUGCUUUAUGGUAUUAUAGAGAAUUGGAUCCUGUGAUAUUUUGA